GUAGUAGUUUGUUUCACCACAAAAAGAUCUAGCUUGGAUGUUCUGAAUCACGGAAAGAGAGAGGCGAGAUAGUGUGGGGAGAGAGAGAGAGGAUAUAGAGAGAGAAUCCUCCUCUACCUCUUGAUCUAUUCUUCUUCUGCAAUGCUUCUUCCACCAUUUCUGUUCAGUUGGAGGAAUCUAAAGACCCAUGGAAGUCAGAAUUUCAGCUGUAGAGAUUGUGGGGACCAACUGUGUAUUUGAUAAAUUAAUAAAAUUUACGAGUCAGAAAUUUUCAAAAUACUUCAGUUGACCAAUUUCUAUUGAUUGACGUCUUCUCUGUCACCAUGUGGGGUUUCAUCACAAAAGCUAUUGGAAGCAUUGGAGGGAUCAACAAAAAUUCUUUGGACCAAAGUCAAGCUUCUUUAGAUAUCUCAGAUGAUGAAACCUGCUCAAAUGACAGUUCUGAUGAUGGACUCGAAUGUCCAAUAUGUUGUGAAUCUUUUAAUAUUGUGGAGAACGUGCCCUAUGUCUUAUGGUGUGGCCACACACUCUGCAAAAAUUGUGUCCUAGGGCUUCAGUUAGCUGUUUAUAAGUUCUCGAACCAAAAAGUCCAGAUUCCAUUCUUCAUCUCAUGCCCUUGGUGCCACUUGUUAACUUUACGACUGGUUUACAAAGGUAACCUCAAAUUUCCUUGCAAGAACUACUUUCUCCUUUGGAUGGUAGAGAGCUUAAAUGGUGACAGGCUGAAGUCCCCUUCCUUAACUGUUGGGGACUCUCAACCACUCUGGUCUGCAAAAAGUGCUUCAUGUACUGUAAAUCAUUCCACUGGUGUAAGUUUGAGGAGGUCCCAUCCAUCAGGACACUCGGGGUCAAAUAGUGAUAAUGGUAAUGGUAUCGGUGGUUCUGUUAGUCCAGAGAGGACCCAUUCCUUCCAUAAAUCCUUGGAUUUCUUCAUCAACUUAACAGCCAAGAUCCCAUUGGUAAUCUUAGUUCUUCUGAUUGUUAUUUUCGCAAUCCCUGCAAGUGUUGCCAUCUUAGCCUUGUAUUUACUUAUUACUGUUCUGUUUGCGCUCCCAUCUUUCCUGGUAUUGUAUUUCACAUAUCCUGCAUUGGAGUGGCUCGCAAGAGAACUGGCCACAUGACUGGAAUUUUUUCAAGUUUGUUGGAAGUUGUAGCCCCAUCACACUACUUGUGGUGAUGAUGUAUUUUGAUUGCUUUAUCCUCUUGUAACAAGUCAUUGUGGUUCUCUUCGAAUAAAUUAUAUUUGAUAA